AUGGUAUUCAAAAGCCCGAUUCCUUGUCAAAACGUGGAAAGUUGGAUAAAGAAGGUACCAUCGAUUCAACUAACACCAGAAGAAUUCGAACAACUCAAAGUAAAAGUCUUGAAAGAGCUCAAAGAAGAACAAGAAGCCGUUAAGAAAAUCGAAGCUGUCUUCAUAAAAGUUGAAACACGUACCGAAGCAUCUGAAUCCGGUGUUAGAAAAAUCGAGAAAACGUCUAUAGAUGAUAAUAUAGAUACUGAAGAGUAUCUUAUCAUUGAAAAAGAAGAAGUAGAACACGGCUUGUUGGAUCAAAGCGAAGACGAAAUGCAAAAGCUAGUAAGGGAUAGCGAAGAGUCCGAUAAACAACGUAAAUUAAGCGGCAAAGAAGGAAAACUUAAAAUUGAAGCCCAAGAACAGAAAGUUGUUGAAGUUGACGAGCCAAUAAAAACUCUUAAAGAACUCGAUGCGAAAAAGCCAGAAUCUGACAAAAAAGAACUCACCGGAAAAGAAAAUGAAUAA